AUGGGUUUGAUUGAGACGACACAGGGGCUACUCCCAGGGGCUGGUAAGACGACCAGAGGUCAAAUGCAUGCAUGCAUGCAUGCACACACACACACUUACUCCCGUCACUUUCACACACACACUCUCUCCCAUCACAUCCACACACACACCACAGGAGGUUGGUGGCACCUUAAUUGGGGAGGACGAGCUCGUGGUAAUGGCUGGAGCGGAACAGGUGGAAUGGUGUCAAAUAUAUCAAACACAUAGUUCCCAUGUUUGAUGCCAUUCCAUUGACUCCGUUCCAGCCAUUAAUAUGAGCAGUCUCCACUGAUCCACACCCAUCAGUUACCAUCAUGAAAUCCCUUGGUUUUUUUUGCAUAAUGAGUUCAGCCUCAUUCUCUCUCCCUACCUCCUCUCUCCUGUAGGGGGCAGUCAGCGUCUCCCCAGAGCGGUGGGCUUUGCCCUGGCUGAAAAGCUGAUCUUCACUGGCAGGAGGGCUGUGGACAUAGGACUGGUCAACAGAGCUACAGAGCAGAACCCAGAUGGAGACGCUGCCUAUUGAGAGGCACUGAGUCUGACUAGAGAGAUACUACCACAGGUUAGACGCACGCAUACACACACUAAUACAUGGGAGAUGCAGUGUAGGCUGCUGAGGGGAGGACGGCUCAUAAUGACGACUCUGGAUGGUCAGAUGGCUAGCAACAAUGACAAGAAGCUGCCAUGAGGGGAAUCGUAGUUGGCUGGUUUCAGCUAGUUUUUGCUUGUUCUUGAUACCAUGUCUUGUUUUGAUGUGUUUUGACUGAUUUAAUGUCAAUGCUAAUAUGGCUAAAACCAACCCUUCUAUAGCUAAUCUCAUGCUAUUUGACACAUUUUGCCAAGUGGCUGAGAGAAAAUAUUGCUGUUUUAGAUUUAAUUUGCAGGGGUGUGUGCUACGCCAGUGCCCUCCUCCCUCUCUCCAUCCUCCUCCUCUCCAGGCAUCUGUCGCUCCAAAUUCCUCUCACUUCAUCUGAUGCCAGCAGUUGACAGGGGCUCCUCGGCAGUCAAGUGGAGAAACAGACCACAAAUAACAUAUGCACACACACACACACACACAAACCAGUUAUUUACAGUCACACAGCUUGGAGGACAUAUUUCUGUAUCUGAGGAUGUUUUAGGAUGAAAAACCAUACUCAUUGUUUUCUCCAUUCCACAGUGAUGAGUGAUUGACAGCUAUACUGAACAAAAAUAUAAACACAAUUUCAAAGAUUUUACUGAGUUACAGUUCAUAUAAGGAAAUCAGUCAAUUGAAAGAAAUUAAUUUUGCCCUAAUCUAUGGAUUUCACAUGACUGGGCAGGGGUACAGCCAUGGGUGGGCCCACGGGUGGCCACCCACCCACUUGGCAGCCAGGCCCACCCACUGGGGAGCCAGGCCGAGCCAAACAGAACACUAACUAACCACUAGCCACUGUAAGGGACAUGCACAGCACAGUGUACAAAUGUGACAAGCUGGGUUUGAAGCUGGGUAACCUGCUAGCUAAAGUCUUUCCAUUUGUAUGCAUACAGUGCCUUCAGAAAGUAUUCAUACCUUGAUUUAUUCCACAUUUGUUGUUACAGUCUGAAUUAAAUAUUGGAUUAAAUAUUUUUUUUCAUCAAUCUACACACAAUACCCCAUAAUGACAAAGUGAAAACAUGUUUUUAGAAAUUUUAGCAAAUGUAUUUAAAAUGAAAUACUGAUCUAAUUUACAUAAGUAUUCACACCCCUUUGCUAUGACACUCCAAAUUGAGCUCUGGUGCAUCCAAUUGCCUUUGAUCAUCCUUGAGAUGUCACUACAACUUGAUUGGAGUCAUACGGCCAAUUCAAUUGUUUGGACGUGAUUUAGAAAGAAACACACCUGUGCAUGUCAGAGCAGAAACUAUACCAUAGAGCAGAACUGUCCAUAGAUCUCGGAGAUAGAAUUGUGAUGAGGCAUAUCUGGGGAAGGGUAUAAAACCAUUUCUAGAGUUUUGAAAGUUUCCAAGAGCACAGUGGUCUCCAUCAGUGGGAAAUGGAAAAAAUAUAGAAGUACCCAGACUCUGCCUAGAGCUGGCCGUCUGACCAAACUGAGAAACCGGGCAAGAAGGACCUUCGUUAGGGAGGUGACCAAGAACUCAAUGACUACUCUGACAGGACUACAGAGUUCCGUGGCUGAGAUGGGAGAACCUCACAACAGUCUCUACAGCACUUCACCAAUCUGGACUUUAUGGGAGAGUGGCCAGACAGAAGCCACUUCUGAGAAAGAGGCACGUGAAUGCACGCCUAGAGUUUGCAAAAAGGCACAUGAAUGACUCAGAACAUAAGGCAAAAUAUUCUGUGGUCUGAUGAGACAAAAAUGUAACUCUUUGGCCUGAAUGCAAAGCGCUAUGUCUGGAGAAAACCAGGCACAGCUCAUCACCCAUCUAACACCAUCCCUACUGUGAAGCAUGGUGGUGGCAGCAUCAUGCUAUGGGGAUGCUUUUCAGCGGCAGGGACUUGGAGACUGGUAAAGAUAGAGGGAACAAUGAAUGGAGCCAAAUACAGGCAAAUCCUUUAUGAGAACCUGCUUCAGAGUGCAAAAGACCUUAGACUGGGGCGAAGAUUUAUGUUCCAACAGGACAAUGACAAAUGAAGUAAAACAGCCAAAGCAACGCUGGAAUGGCUUCAGAACAAGAAUGUGAAUGUCCCAGCCACAGCCCAGACUUGAAUCCAAUUGAAAAAUCUGUGAAAAGACUUGAAGAUUGCUGUUCACUGCUGCUCCCCAUCUAAUUUAACAGAGCUUGAGAAAAUCUGCAAGGAAGAAUGGGAGAAAAUCCCAAAAUCCAGAUGUGCAAAGCUGGUACAGACAUACCCAAGACAAUUCAAAGCUGUAAUCGCCGCCAAAGGUGCUUCUACAAAGUAUUGCCUCAGGGGUGUGAAUACUUAUGUAAAUUAGAUAUCUGUAUGUCAUUUAAUACAUUUGCUAAAAUUUCUAAAGAUUAUUUCACUUUGCUAUUAUGGGGUAUUGUCUGUAGAUGGGUGAGAAAAAAAUAUAUUUAAUCCAUUUUAAAUUCAGGCUGUAACACAACAUUUUUUGGAAUAAGUGGUGUGAAUACUUUCUGAAGGCACUGUACACUCUCAGAAAAAGGGUUCUCCCACAGGGACAGCCGAAGAACCCUUUUAGAACCUAUUUAUCAGAGAUGGUUACGUGUCAUCACAUGAGCAUUUCUGUGGUCCUUCAUUCUCACCCCCAGUGUGUUCUCUCUCUAGGCCCCCAUCGCUGUGAGGAUGGCCAAGGAGGCUAUGAACAGAGGCAUGGAGGUACAGAACCUUCAACACAACCUUGUGUUCUAAAUGGUCUAAUAAUCUAUCAUCAGUUACACACAUCCCAGCUCUCACACCCAGUUCAUUAUCUCUGUGUAUUUGAAUGAUUAAACUUGUCGUCUCUGUGUGCUAGUAGCCGGUAUGUCUGUAACCUGUCUGUGUGGCUCUGUAUCUCUCAGGUGGACGUCACAUCAGGGAUGGCCAUAGAGAGGAUGUGUUAAGCCAGGGUAAGAGAUCAACCGGUAAAAUGCUCAUGUGCAUUGUCUGAGGUCAAACUGUAGUGGUAUAUCAUCUCUCUUUCUCCAGCUGAUCCCGACACGAGACAGACAGGAGGGCAUGGCUGCCUUUAAAGAGUAG